CUAGGGAGAAUAUUGUUAAAACAACACUGCUGUUCUUCUUGUCAUUUGCCGGGGGCGACGGGCCGACGGGGUGUUGCGACUUGCGUAAUGUUUUUAAUAUCGGAGUCAACGUGCGAAAAGGUUAUCCCACGAGAAUGAGCGUCUUGAAUUUGUUGCCUGCGUUAUCACGGUUAUCCAUGCGAGCUAUACCUGGCAUUCGAAACAUAUCGACAUGCACCGAUCCGUUGUACUUCAGAGUCAGCAAUGUGCUUUUAGGAGAACCAUUGAAAAAAAAGAAAAGGCUAGACCCCGCAAUCAUCAGGGCACGAGAAGAGAGAAGGAAGAAGAAGAUAGAAAAGCAAAUUCGUCGAUUAGAAAAGCAGUCUAAACAACUGAAACCAAUCAAUGAACUAGAAAUACCCUCAAAAUUAAUAGAUGAAAAAGAACAAAGACUACGAAAGCUUCCACCAAUAUCAGAAAAGGAAGCAGAGUCCAGAAUUUUAUUGCAAAAAGAUUGGAAUAGAUACAAAACUCAACAGAAUUUGGCUAACAUCCAAGCAAUAGAUUCUAUCUUUUAUUCACAGCAAAGAGCACUCGACGAACUUAGGGCAGAAUCAGAGGAAUUAUAUCAAGAAGCGAUACAAAUGGAUUUCGAGCUUUUACCGUAUAUGGCAAAAGGUCCGUUAAAAACACCUCCAAUAAAAAAUUAUGACAGCCCUGAUGGAGAAUAUAUAAAUCUCACUAAAAAAUUUGAUGGAGAAGAAUGAGUGUUUUUGAUGCUGCACAAAGGAAUGGAUUUCACUUUAGGUUUGAAAAUAUGUACAAAUAAACCGUGUAUUUCCAACUCGAAAUACAUUUAACAAUGUUACAUGAACUCUUAAGAGAAUAUAAGAAGCGAUAGAAGCAAAUAAAUAUUUUAGUAUAAGGAGAAAAA